AUGAAGAAUUCAACACUUGGCAAAUCAUAUAGUGUUGGUGGAGUCUUGACUCUCAAAUCUUUCGUAAAUGAUUUCAAAUAUUCGACCGCUCAUGCAACUCGCGUGACUUCUCUUGCGGUUGGCCUGCAGCAAGCGGGUGCUUUUGUAGCAUGUUUCUUCAUAUGGCCCAUUGCGGAUCGCAUCGGGCGCAAAUUAUCAUUGCAGAUCGCCUCAUUUAUUUUCAUUAUUGGUGCCAUAAUGGAGACUGUCAAUUCUCAUAGUAUGGCAGUAUUUUAUGCUGGGAGAGUUAUCGCUGGCGUAGGUCUUGGAGCCGCAAGUGUGUUUGUUCCAAUGUUUAAUGCGGAUAUGGCACCGAAGGAAUUGCGAGGACAGGUUGGGAGCUUUUUUCAAUGGUUUUACACUUUUGGUUAG